GAGGAAAAUGAUCCAGUAUGGCAUAUCUGUGAGUGGGUAAAAGUAUGUGCACCUUUGCUUUCAGUAUCUGGUGUGACGUCCUUGUGAACAAUAACCGCGAGUAAACAUUUCCGGUAAGUGUCGAUCGGUCCUGCGCAUCGGCUCGGAGGAGUUUUAUCCCGUUCCUCAGUGCAGAACAGCUUCAACUCUGGGGUGUUGGUGGGUUUCCUCACAUGAGCUUCAUGCUUCAGGUUCUUCCACAACAUCUCUACUGGAUUAAGUGAGAGGCGCUGAUAAAUGUCGAUGGUAUCGCUGCGGAAGGGAGACGUGUGGCGUUGUUCGCGAUCUGAUUUAGUCGGGCUGUAACAGUCGGAGAGGAUCGACACAAAGCGCAGAGGUGCAUCAGAAUCAGUGCAUGUUAGUGGCAACCUUUACUUCCACACAACAUGGCUCAGCCUGCACCUCCACCUGUGAUCAUUGAACAACUUCCACCUCCUGUAAUGAUCGAACAACCUCCACCUGUGAUGAUCGAACAACCUCCACCUCCUGGAAUGAUCGAACAUCCUCCACCUGUGAUCAUCGAACAACCUCCACCUGUGUUCAUCGAACAACCUCCACCUCCUGUAAUGAUCGAACAUCCUCCACCUCCUGUAAUGAUCGAACAACCUCCACCUCCUGUAAUGAUCGAACAACCUCCACCUCCUGUAAUAAUCGAACAACCUCCACCUCCUGUAAUGAUCGAACAUCCUCCACCUGUGUUCAUCGAACCACUUCCACCUCCUGUAAUGAUCGAACAUCCUCCACCUGUGUUCAUCGAACCACUUCCACCUCCUGUAAUGAUCGAACAUCCUCCACCUGUGAUGAUCGAACAACCUCCACCUCCUGGAAUGAUCGAACAACCUCCACCUGUGAUCAUCGAACAACCUCCACCUGUGUUCAGCGAACAACCUCCACCUCCUGUAAUGAUCGAACAACCUCCACCUCCUGUAAUGAUCGAACAACCUCCACCUCCUGUAAUGAUCGAACAUCCUCCACCUGUGUUCAUCGAACCACUUCCACCUCCUGUAAUGAUCGAACAUCCUCCACCUGUGAUCAUAGAACAUCCUCCACCUCCUGUAAUGAUCGAACAUCCUCCACCCGUGUUCAUCGAACCACUUCCACCUCCUGUAAUGAUCGAACAUCCUCCACCUGUGAUCAUUGAACAACCUCCACCUCCUGUAAUGAUCGAACAACCUCCACCUCCUGUAAUGAUCGAACAACCUCCAUCUCCUGUAAUGAUUGAACAACUUCCACCUGUGAUCAUUGAACAACCUCCACCUCCUGUAAUGAUCGAACAUCCUCCACCUCCUGGAAUGAUCGAGCAACCUCCACCUGUGAUCAUAGAACAACCUCCACCUCCUGUAAUGAUCAAACAACCUCCACCUCCUGUAAUAAUCGAACAACCUCCACCUCCUGUAAUUGUCCAGGCUGCUCAGCCAGCUGUAGCAGUUGUCCAGGCUCCUGGUCCUGUGGUGAUGCAAGCUCCUAUGAAAUCCUUUCCCGCAUCAACAAGGUGUGGUUUCUGCCAGCAGCAGAUUGUCACAGCGACCAGAUCCGUAACUGGACUCCUCGCCUGGGUGGUUGCCGGGAUACUCUUUUUCUUGUGCAUUUGGCCGUGCUGCUUGAUUCCUUUUUGCGUGACGUCCUGCAAGGACAUCGAACACUCAUGUCCCUACUGCAAGAACGUCGUCCACAUUUACAGACGGAUGUGAGACGUCUCACACAGAACACGGAGAACCUGUAGAACACCAUGAACCAGGCUAAAUGCUGUAGGAAUAUACAGUUAAGAAUUUGUAAUCAUUUUAAAAAAUGUAUUUGUUGUAAAAAAAAAAAAAAAAAGAUUUGAGUUGUUGAAGUGAUUGUGUUUGUCUUCUCUACAUGUUCGCAUUUGUGGAAAAUGUUAAUAUUUUGAAGCACAUUUAUCUGUUAAACUCCCAAUAAUAAUAAUAAUAAUAAUAAUAAUAAUAAUAAUAAUAAUAAUAAUAAUAAUGACUUUAAUUUGCUGUUCAGCCAUGAAUACAUCCUCGUUAUCACUGACUGCGCCACCAGAUACCCUGAGGCAGUCCCUCUUCGGAAAGCCACAUCCUGGUGUAGGAAAUUUGGGAUAAAUAGUAAAAAAAAGAUCUCGAAAUAAUAAAGAACUAAUGAAUAAAGAAUAUACAGAAAUAUGAAGAGUCAAG